UCUACCUCUCCCCCGCUCACAACCCUCCGUCUCUCUGUUUACUGUAGAUAUAGCUUUAAGAAGACGAUUUUAGGAACACAGAGAGGAGGACUGUGUUAUGCUGCUCUCUCUGCGGCUGGCCUCUCCUGUACGCUCUCUGGUCCAAAGGGAAUAUGUGGAUGUUCAGUAGACCCGCUAUUUGACUGGAUUACUACAGAUACAGAUACAGUCCAAGGAGUCCAGAGACGCCGCCGCCACAGCCGCACAGAUGUGGGGUAGUGAUGCAUGGCUGCUGUAGGAGCCAUUAUGGACAUCGGUGAGGGAGGGAGAGGAAGGGAUGGAGGGAGAGAGGGAGGAGAACCUGACAUCAGCACCAAGCCAUUAUCUCAUCCUCUCCUGACCCCGGAAGUGGUUCCUUCUAAGGGGUCGCCCUCUCGUACCUCAGCCCCGGCCCCUGCCAAAGAGCCCUCCAACCUGACCCAGACAGAGCAAGGGGGUGCAGAGGGGACCGCAGGCAGAGAGGAGACCCCAGAAGGGGAGCGGGGUAUAUACUCACAGAAUAAUGGUGUGACACUGAAAGAAGAGCAAGAGAAGGAAGAGAAGCUAAAUGAGAAGAAGGAGAAAGAAAGAUUGUUACUGGUGGACGACAGAGAGGAAACGGGAAGAAAAAACCUUGCACCAGCCCUCAGCAGCAAAGACAGAGGAGAAGAGGAAAAAGAGAAGGAAGAGGAGAGAGAAGAGGCCAUCUCAAACCAAAGCCAAACCAAAUCCAAAUGUAGUAUAUUACCUCGACAGAGCCAGCACAGCUCUGCUUCCAGCACUGUUAUGGCCAGUGGCACAUUGAACAGCAACAUCCACAUCACUGCUUCCAAUUCUCCAAAGCACUCUACCUCUCCUUCUACCUGUCCAAAGCUCACAUUAUCACCUUCCAAUUCUCCAAAGCACUCUACCUCUCCUUUCACCUCUCCAAAGCGCUCCAGCUUUUUCCCCUCCUCUCCUUAUCCUCAGAAUGAGACAGAGGUGAGAGACACAGGAGAAGUGCAGGGCAAUAGUCCUUGUUUUCCUCUGAGCUUUAAACCCCAGCAGUCUGCUCUGUCUAAGUCCACCAGCCCACCCGCUAAGGAUGAUGGUAGGGCAGACGCCACUCACACUUCCCUUAUUGCCAAUGGAGACACCGCCAAAGUUCCAAAACCAAACAACAACCCAGAAGUGAGAGAUGGAGAUAGAGAGAUGGAAAUAGAAAGAGAUGAUGAUGAGGGAAAUGGAGAGAAGGAACGAGAGGGAGAUGAGAACAUAGAGACUGUAUCUAAGUACCUCCACUCCUCUCCCUCCUCUUCCUCCUCACCCUCCUCUCCCGUCUCACUGAACAGUCACAUGGCAUUGAUGCACUCCCGGAACUCCUGCAAGACACUUAAAUGCCCCAAAUGUAACUGGCAUUACAAAUCCCAGCAGACACUGCAAGUCCACCUCAGAGAAAAACACCCAGAGUCUGGGGGCUCAUGUGUGUGUGGGGGCUUGGGGGAGAAUUGUGUUUGUGGAGGGUCAAGGGGUGUGUGUCUGUACUGUAGCACAGGGAAGGCCCAUCCUCGUCUAUCCCGAGGGGAGAGUUAUGUCUGUGGGUACAAGCCCUAUCGUUGUGGUGUGUGUGAUUACGCAACGUCCUCUAAAGGAAACCUCAGCAUACACAUGCAGUCAGACAAACACCUCAGCAACGUACAGACAGCGGGACAAACACAACAUGCGCACAGCACACACACACACUCCACACACAGCGCGGGCUCCACUGUCAGAGACACGACAGGCGGUCAGGUGUACGGACACACACACCCCGAAGUCACGCAGCCCCCUGAAAACACACCGCCCUACCCCAGCCAUCCCUCCUCCCAGGGUAAGAGGUGGCGGUGUGAGGUGUGUGAUUAUGAGACCAGCAUUGCGCGGAACCUGCGCAUACACACCACCAGCGAGAAACACACACAAAAUGUGCUGCGCCUGAAACACACACACAACGUACUGCAGCUGCAGAGAAGCUACUACCUGGCCCACUGCAGGAGUCUGCCUCCUCAUCUCACACUGCUACACAGCACAGGUGGGGAGCAGUCUUUGGAUAUUCAUCAACUAACAGCAGAGGAGCCAGUUGCCCCAGAUUCAACCCUGACCCCCUCCCCCUCUCCUCCUCCCUCCUCCUCACCAUCCCCUUCUCCAUCUCCCUCUCCCCCUUCUCCCCUGUCUCUCUCCCCCUCUCCCCCUCCUCCCCUGUCUCUCUCCUCCUCAUCUCCCCUCUACCGUGGUGUGUUCCGGUGCCUGGUGUGUUUCAGUUUCUCCUCUGACAGUCUGGAGUCUCUUGGGUCUCACCUAAGUGCCCCCCGCUCCCUGCCCCAGUCUGAGUGGCGUUGUCUGGUGGCCGGAGGCUGCUAUUGCAGGCUGUGUGGCUACAGCACCCCCCUCACAGCUAACUUCACCUUGCACUGCCAGACAGACAGACACAGGGCCCGCUACCAGCUGGCUGCCCACCUCUGGGAGAGAGGGGAGAAGGGGGAGGCUGUGGACUGGGAGGAAGUUGGGAAGUUGGUUGCUACAGGCAACCUGGUCCAGCUGAAGUGUAACGUGUGUGACUUCCAGACCACCAGCUUGGAGAAACUGAGAAUACACAGCGUCAACUCCCAACACCAGGCCAGCCUCAGAGUCUACAUGUUCUUAGAGCAGUAUGACAAUGCAGUAGCUGGAGGCUCCUGGUCGUUCCACUGUGUCUUGUGUAAUUACUCCUCCCGCUCUAAACUCCACCUACUGAGACACACCCACUCCACAGGUCAUCAUAAGAGGGAGGAGCUUCACAGCUUGCAGCUUGUGAAAAGGAGGAGCCUGAAUAAAGGAGAGGAUCUAGCUGCCAUCUUCAGCAUCAGGAAGUGUACCAGUCCUGAGAUAGAUGAAAGCAGUGAGGAGGGGGAGAGGAGAGAUUCCUUAUCCCCAGCCAAGCGAUCAUUCUCUUGGCUGGAGGAGACACAGAGCCCCCUCUCUCCCAAAUGCCCCAGAACCGACAAGCACACCACUGACCAACAUACUACUGCCAAGUGCCCACUGUGCCAGGACACACUGGUACACACACACCUGAGACGUCACCUCACACUCAUUCAUAGUGUGGCCCAGGACUGUGUGGAGAAGCUCAUGAGCACUGUGGCAGUGGAUCUGCCAGAGAUUCUACAGAAAGAGACACUGCAGAGGGAUUCCCAUUCAAGCGACUCCAACACAAACGAAUAUCAAACAAACGAUUCCAGCACAAUCGACUUUUACGCAAAGGAGUCCCUCAGAAAUGAGUCUCAAUCAAACGACUGCCAUAUAAAUGAAGAAGAAGUGAUACCAGCCAAAGAUGUCCCUGCUCUGCCCACCCGUCCUUGUGAGGAUCAGCAUCUAGCAGAGGACAACACCUCUCACCUCCCAGAGUCCCCCAGCCCCCCCCCCUCCCUCCCCACUCCUCCCUCUCCCUCCCUCAGCCACCUCCCUUCAUCCGCCUUACCUCCCUCUCCUCCCAGCGAUGCCCCUCCCUCCUCUGAUCGUCAUUGUUACAGGUUCCGCUGUGGCAGGUGCAGUCUAGCAUUCCGGACACAGGAGAAGCUGAAACUGCACUGGCAGUACCAUGCCAUGAGGGCGGCGACAGAGUGCCACCUCUGCCCCAGACGCUGCCGCAGCCAAGAGGCCCUGCAGAGACACCUGCUCAACACACACCUACAGGACCUACACCUACAGGGUACACACCCUGACCAGAUUGGAGCACACAUCCAACGACCAACCAGCCUGGAGGGGGAGGAAGAGGAGGGGGAGAGUAUGAGUGAAGAAGAUGAGGAGGAGGGAAAUGAAGGAGAGGAGGAUGAAAAGGAUGACCCAGAUGAGGAGGAGAGGCCCAGUCCAGGGGUUAGUAAUAGUGACAAGGGUUCAGGGCAGCAGGAGGAGGAGGCAGGGUCAGAACCCAGCCCCCUCAUCAAGGGCUCGAACCCGACUCUGGAGCGGUUCCUGGACCCGGCUCGGCCCUACAAGUGUUCAGUCUGCUGUGAGUCCUUCACUCAGAGAACCAUCCUGCUGGUCCACUAUAACUCUGUGUCCCACCUCCACCGAGCCAAAGCCAGACGGGCCCUGCAUGACUCCAGCCCCAGUCAUGCUGACACCCCCCAGGGCCUGGAACCAAGCCCCUACCGGUGCAGCCUGGCCCCUGACCCCAGGCCCUACCGCUGCAGAAUGUGUGGGGUGGCCUACAGCCAGAGCUCCACCCUGGACAUCCACCUCCGUUCUGUACUGCACCAGACACGAGCCCGUGCAGCUCGGACCCAGCUACCACUGAACCCCCACACCCACCAAACUCCAGCCUCAACCCAGGCUCCCCACACCCCAGGCCCAUCCUUGGUCCAAACUCAGACCCCUGCCUCCAGCCCUUCGCCUGGAGGAGGAGAGGCAUCUACCAGGGGAAACCCCCCAGCAGACACCAGACCAGCCCCUGCCCCCCCAAGUCCCUGUUCCUCCCUGAGUGAAGCCCAGCUGAGUGUGGGUGUCUCUGGGCAGGUUAAGGGUCAACAGGCUAAGAGGAGGAGAGUAGAGGACCUGACCACUUCCGCAGGACAGCAGGACCUGAUGUUACUCCAACAGCAAUUAGCCCAGGCCCAGAUACUACAGCAGCAACAGGAGUUAACCCAAGCCCAGAUACAGCAACACACAGCCCUCCUCCAGCCCCAGCUCUUUAGUCCAACACUGCUCCCACACCUCCCCUUACUGCAACAGAACCUCCUAAAGCAGCACCUCCCUUCAGCAGCAGAGAUUCUCCAACACGGGAACCUCUUCCCUCCUCUCCCCUUAUCCCCAGACAGCCUAUUCUCUCUACAGCAGCAGCUGCUCCUGUCCUUCUACCUUUCUGGAGGGUUGCAUCUCAACCCCAACACAACCCUUAUGAACCAGACCACCUCAGCUGUCUCCCCUCAGACCACCUCGGCUGUCUCCCCUCAGACCACCUCAGCUGUCUCCCCUCAGACCACCUCAGCUGUCUCCCCUCAGACCACCUCAGCUGUCUCCCCUCAGACCACCUCGGCUGUCUCCCCUCAGACCACCUCGGCUGUCUCCCCUCAGACCACCUCGGCUGUCUCCCCUCAGACCACCUCGGCUGUCUCCCCUCAGACCACCUCAGCUAUCUCCCCUCAGACCACCUCAGCUAUCUCCCCUCAGACCACCUCAGCUGUCUCCCCUCAGACCACCUCAGCUGUCUCCCCUCAGACCACCUCGGCUGUCUCCCCUCAGACCACCUCAGCUGUCUCCCCUCAGACCACCUCAGCUAUCUCCCCUCAGACCACCUCAGCUAUCUCCCCUCAGACCACCUCGGACCAACACCCCCAGAUAGAGAGGCUUGAACCUCCCUCUCCACAGCCAGAGACGAAUGGAAUCCAGUUUCCAGCCCAUGCCCCGAAAUGUGAAACCCAGGCUGAGACCGCUGGCAGUGACUCCCCCCUCCACCAGACAGAGAAAGAGUUCAACCCAUCCUCCCCUCCUGAGGGAGAUGGAGAGAAGAAUGGAGAGAUGCAGGAGAGUGAGAAGAAGGAGAGAGCAGAGAAGGCCCUCAGAGUUCUGUUGGAAAGAUACGGCUGGGAGCUGGCCCUACAAAGCACUCAGAGCAGACAGAGACAGCAGAACAGAGAGAUGGAGGGAUGCCUGGAGGAGGAGAAGCAAUGUGGAGAAUGUGGGAAGCUGUUCUCUGACUCUCUGAUCCUGAAGAGCCACCAGGAGUUUGUUCACCGCCAGAUGAUCCCUCCUGUAGUGUUGGAGAUGUUCUCCAGACAGUACAGGCUGCAGUACGACCGCCUUUACCCCCUCAGACCCUUCACACCGGGGGACACUGAGACUACUGUUGUUGCACCCCCAACCCCAGCUUCAGCACCUGCACUUGCACCUUUACCCCCAGCACCAGCCUCAGAUUCAACCCUCGACCAAGCCCAAUCACUCGCCGUCUCCCAAACCUCAGUCCCAGCCCUUACCCCAGCUGCAACCCUAACAACCAUAGACACAGACCCAGCUGUUCCCACACCACCAGCAUCCGUAUCUGUAACCCUGUCCCCAGACCAAGCCCCAGUUAAUUCCCUCUUCCCAGUUCAUGCCAGAGCCUCACCAACACCCUCUCCUCCUCCACCCCCCCGCCAACCACAACCACUUUCAGAGCAGGACAGUACCACAACGACAAACACCCCUUGCCCUGACCCCUCUCAAACUAUCAUAUACAAGCCCAAACUCUCCAUACCCCCUCUCCCCUUACCCCAACUCCCCCUGCCCCGUCUUCCUUUAUCCAACCUCUCCUCUCUUCCCUUCCCCAUAGACCCCUCUCUCCUCCCCCUUGGUCUAAUGCAGCCCAUAGCCCUCCAGUCAAUGCUUCAGUACCAGUCCCUGUUAUCGUCCUGCCACCAACCACCCUUAUCCCUAUACACCAACACCCACUCUUCUUCUUUCCCAGCUCUACCCCCAUACACUACCACCCACUCUGCUUCUAGCCCAGCUCUACCCCAUACACUACCACCCACUCUGCUCCUAGCCCAGCUCUGCCCCCAUACACUACCACCCACUCUGCUCCUAGCCCAGCCCUGCCCCCAUACACUACCACCCACUCUGCUCCUUGCCCAGCUCUACCCCGAUACACUACCACCCACUCUGCUCCUAGCCCAGCCCUGCCCCUACACUACCACCCACUCUGCUCCUAGCCCAGCUCUACCCCGAUACACUACCACCCACUCUGCUCCUAGCCCAGCCCUGCCCCCAUACACUACCACCCACUCUGCUCCUAGCCCAGCCCUGCCCCCAUACACUACCACCCACUCUGCUCCUAGCCCAGCCCUGCCCCCAUACACUACCACCCACUCUGCUCCUAGCCCAGCCCUGCCCCCAUACACUACCACCCACUCUGCUCCUAGCCCAGCCCUGCCCCCAUACACCACCACCCACUCUGCUCCUAGCCCAGCCCUGCCCCCAUACACUACCACCCACUCUGCUCCUAGCCCAGCCCUGACCCCAUACACCACCACCCACUCUGCUCCUAGCCCAGCCCUGCCCUCUCUGGAGCGUAGGCUGGAGGAAGGGACAGAGGUUAGGCCUAUGAGUGAUGUGAUGGCCGGUGAUGGAGAGGAAGGGGGAGAGAGGGAGGGAGAGGGGGAUGAGCAGAGGAGGGAUAGGCGCCAGAGGACCACCAUCAGUGCAGAGCAGCUAGAGGUUCUAUACCAGCGCUACAGUCUGAACUCCAACCCAACCCGCUCUGCACUGGAGGGCAUCACCAGGGACACAGGGCUGAAGAAACGUGUGGUGCAGGUAUGGUUCCAGAACACCAGGGCUCGUCAGAGGAAGGGCCAGCUCCAGACCCUGGGGAGAGGAGGUUUAGGUGUGGGUCUGGGGGGUGACAACCACAGGCGCUGUCCGUUCUGUAGGGCUUUGUUCAAGGCUCAAAGUGCCCUGGACGCCCAUGUUAGGGCCCGCCACUGGUCCCAAACUGACAGACCUGCCUAUGGCCUGUCUCAUCAGAUAGGUUCCGCUGAUGACUUCAGUUUUUCUCACAACCAUGGAUCCUACAGAGACAGGGAGGGUCCCCCACUCUCCCUCCAGCAUUCUCCCUCUCUCUCCCACCAUCCUUCUCUCCCUACCUCCCUCCAUCCCUCCCCGAACCCCUUUCAUCCCUCUCCAAGCCCCGGAGUCAUCCCCACUGAGAGAAAAUACAUUUCUGGGAAAACAGAUUUGACCUUUGACCUGAACGAACCCGACAUGGAAGAGGAGGAAGAGGAAGAAGGUCUGUCAAUAAAAAUAUUCCCUUCGUCUGACCAGGCUCAUGAGGGUAACCAUAGCGAUCUGUUGUCUCUGGGAUACAAAUAUGGGAUGGCAAGCUUCAACGUUCAAGACUGUGACCAGAAUUCCAGUCCAAGUCUGUCUGAGAGUGUGGAUAGGCAUGGACCGAGACAGCAGCAGCAGAGGCAGCGUACACAGAUGACCCCCCAGCAGGUGGCCAAGCUCAGAGCCUGUUACAGGGAGCACCCCACCCCCAGCCCCCUGCAGUGUGAGGGCCUGGGACGGCAGCUGGGGCUCCCACGCAGGGUGGUGCAGGUGUGGUUUCAGAAUGGCCGGGCCAAGGAGAAGAGGGCAAGGAGCCUCAGAGUUGACCCCACCACAGGAUAGAGGGAAAGGCAGCAGAGGACAGGGGAGAGAACGCACACAGCCAUGAACUAAGUGCAUGUCACUCACAACAAUAAACCAACCAGAUGCCAUAGAAGCCAAAGAGCAUUCUACCAGUGUACCUCACCCCUUACUCAGCCCCAAAACAUCACAGGGCAGACCUCCUCUAGAGCUUUAAGACACCACUCCUCUGUUCCUCUGUCUUACCUUUCCCCUCCUCUCCUGUCCUCCAACCGAUACCUCAGGAGUUAACCCCUCCAUGCCAACAGAUGUCCCUGUUCUGACAAUAGAAUCUGGAGAACCAGGACACAGUAUGUGCCCCUCCCACUUCUGUUGAAAGACUUUACAAGUGCAAGUAUCAAACUGUUAGACGUUUUAGUGUAUAGAACAUUCUUUCAAAGUAUAAGAAAACUGAAAGAAACACAAGCAGCUACGGAAAACAAAAAUGUAAAAUAUUCUUUACAAAGAGCAUCUGCAAAGACUGGCUUGGAUUCCAAAGCUCGUAACCAAAACCUUACAUGUCCGUGGAUUGUGUUGUCAACAUGGUGGUUUUAAUUUCCAAACCACAGUACAAACCAUACAGUGAAGAGUAGAACUGAGACUGGUGCGUAUCAAUAGACUGACUGGUCUACGUGGUGCUGAAGCAGACCUCAACCUUCUCAAGCCAAUGAUGACUCUACUGCACAUGUACUGAACGCUCCUUAUGUGGAUAAUAGGCCAAAUAGCACUGAGCUAAGUCCACUUUGUCCUUUGUGAGAGGUCAUAUAAGAAGCUAUUUUGAUAACGUUCGACCAAUAUAUGUCACAACUUUAACCAAACACCACACAACAUUGUCUGUGUUUAGUAAAUGUUAAUGAAUAUGAAUAUUAUGGAUUAACGGUUGUUAUUAUGCUUCGAUAAGACAAGUGUAAUUUUGUGGUGUAUGAGAACAUAAUGUAGGCGUUAUGAUGUGGAGUUGCCUUUUCUUAUUGAAGUAAAUACCAAUAUGUUGUGUAAUAUAAUUCCAUGUCUACUAUACUCAGGCCAACUGAACUGUUUUUUUUUAUUUGGUCGUAGUAAUGUACUAGUUUCUCUUCUGUUCCUAAUGCCAGACACAAAGUCUGUUUUGAAACCUUAUGAUGUAAAUAUUGACUGUUGAUAUGAAGUUCCUAUAAUGGUAGUUCAAAAGAAACCUCUCUGGAUUUGAGAGAUCUGAGCUUUCUGAGCGAUAAUUGAUAGUUCCAUUAUUCCAUUAUUACAAUGUUAAAUGGUGUGAGGGGUAAAUUAAUGUACAGUAUGUAGCUUUUCUAUGGUCGACUCAGUCUCCCCUGAGACUGCCUCUGUUCUGACGAACCAUACUCACUGAGAGUUACUGACGUUAUACUGAUGACAACUUCUAUGUUGUGUUAUACUGAUGAAAACUUUAGAUGUUGUGUGCACUUAACUCUCACACACUCUAACCACUUUUCUCUCGCUCUCUUUCUCAUCUCUCCUCUUUUUGAUCUCUAAAUGUAAUAAUAUUACUGUAGUAACAGUAAUAACUAUGAUAAUAUCGAAUGCUUUAAAACACAACCCAAAGACAAUAACACUGUAACCAUCGAUGCAUAAAUCCCACAAAAAACAACUUCAAAAGUUGACUUGAUAAUGUAACAUUGAUUGUUGGGAAGAAAGAGUGACUGUAUCAGAACUGCUGUAUCUGUCUUCACCAGGCCACUGGUGAGUGUAUACUGUAACCACCAGAUAAACCAAAACCUGUUAUUAUACUAGGAUGGAGGAGCACUUCUCAAAGCCCCCCCCCCAGCUACUAGUGCACUCAGUAGGCGUGUACUCAGUAGGGAACCAAACCCCAGCCCCUAGUGUACCAUACUCAGUAGGGAACUACUUCAGAGCCAUUGCAGUGUGUAGAGUGGUUGAAAUGUUUUCCUCCUCAAUGUCAAUGUCUUUUUAACCAGAUGGAAGAAUCCAUCUCAGUCUUUGAGGAUGUCCAGUUGGCUGCUAACGUAUUUUUAAAAUACUUGAAUAACAACAAACUGUUAUAACACACAUGACGCUGUUCAUAACCUGACCUUUUAUUCUGAUGUUAACAAAGAGAUACUUGGGGCGGCAGUAUUUACUCAGUAAUGUAUUACUAUGUGGACAGUGGUUUCUGAACAAAGAUACAAAGAAGUUACAAUGACACUAUAAAGAUAAGAUACUUCUAUACUUAAGAUCCUGCAUAGCUAUUCUAUGGCAGGUUGGAUUGUAUCUAGCCCAAACCUUCCACAGGUCUGUGUACCAGUAUGUUUCUGAUCUUGUGUCGCUGGCUUGUUUAGCCAUGUUUGUUUCUGCUUUAGGCCAACAAUGUAGCCUUGUAGCCAUGCUUGUCUCUGCUAUAGGCCAGGCAACAAUGUAGCCAUGUAGCUAUGUAGCCAUGCUUGUCUCUGCUAUAGGCCAGGCAACAAUGUAGCCAUGCUUGUCUCUGCUAUAGGCCAGGCAACAAUGUAGCCAUGUAGCUAUGUAGCCAUGCUUGUCUCUGCUAUAGGCCAGGCAACAAUGUAGCCAUGUAGCUAUGUAGCCAUGCUUGUCUCUGCUAUAGGCCAGGCAACAAUGUAGCCAUGUAGUGACAUAGACACGUAUCCCAUGUACCUGGGUAGUCAUGUAGCCACACAGAUUGUAGCCAUGCAGUGAUACUGAACACAGAAACAGUCUGUCAUCCAGGCUAACCUUCCAAAGGAUUCUAACUCUGUUUACCCAUAGCUCUAUAUCUGACCAAUGUUUACCACAAUACCAAUGAUCUUUCUUCUGUACUGAAAUUCCAAAUACUGUACCACUUGGCAGUUGUUAUGUACAUAUUGUUGUUCUAUUCCUUUUGCUUAUUUUCUGAAUAACUGUAAGAUGUAAAUAUUGUGUCGUUCCUGGAAGCUGUUGCCGUAGUGAUAACCAAAAGAUACCUGUGUUGUGCACCUGUCCCAGUCUCUUGCUCCAGUGGUUAACUUUGUUCCUUCUCCCCAGUUUUCGAAUGGAUGUGUGUUUUCUCCCCCUCCCCUUUCCAUAGCCACUGAGGUAAAUAAAGUCUGGUUUGGUGGA